AUGAAGGUAAGGUCUUUGAAAAGAGCUUCCCCCAAGGCACAAACAGCCAGACUAGAUACCACUUUGGGACCCAGAGAAGAAAAAGAGAGCCCGCGGGACCAACCCAAGUACCCUCCUCAAUCUCGAAACCUCCACCACCAUGUAGCCAACCCUCUGUCACCCAGUAUCCUGGACCAACCUGACCUCUCCUGCACCCCAGUCCCUUCCCCUCCACAUCACCUCGACCACUCCUGCACCCCGGUCCCUGGCCUUCCACGUCCCCAUUCACCCCGACCCCUCCUGCACCCCGGUACCUGGCCUACCAAGUCCCAGCAUCCCAACCAAUCCUGCACACCGGUCUCUCGCCCUACGCGACCUCACAUCACCCCGACCUCUCCUGCACCCCGUCACUCGCCCUCCGCAUCCCACAUCACCCUGACCCCUCCUGCAUCCCGGUCCCUGGCCCUCCACGUCCUCACAUCACCCCGACCCCUCCUGCACCCCGGUCCCUCGCCCUCCGCGUCCCCACAUCACCCCAACCCCACCUGCAUCCCGGUCCCUGGGCCUCCACGUCCCCCACAUCACCCGGACCCCUCCUGCAUCCCGGUCCCUCGCCCUCUGCGACCCCACAACACCCCGACCCCUCCUGCACCCCGGUCCCUCGCCCUCCCCGUCACCACAUCACCCCACCCCUCCCGCACCCCGGUCCCUCGCCCUCCCCGUCACCACAUCACCCCACCCCUCCCGCACCCCGGUCCCUUGGCCCUCCACGUCCCCACAUCACCCCGACCCCUCCCGCACCCCGGUCCCUCGCCCUCUGCGACCCCACAACACCCCGACCCCUCCUGCACCCCGGUCCCUCGCCCUCCCCGUCACCACAUCACCCCACCCCUCCCGCACCCCGGUCCCUUGGCCCUCCACGUCCCCACAUCACCCCGACCCCUCCCGCACCCCGGUCCCUCGCCCGUCGCGUCCCCACAUCACCCCGACCCCUCCUGCAUCCCGGUCCCUCGCCCUCCGCGUCCCCACAUCACACCGACCCCUCCUGCACCCAGUCCCUCGCCCGCCGCGUCCCCACAUCACCCCGACCCCUCCUGCAUCCCGGUCCCUCGCCCUCCGCGUCCCCACAUCACCCCGACCCCUCCUGCACCCCGGUCCCUCGUCCUCCCCGUCACCACAUCACCCCACCCCUCCUGCACCCCGGUCCCUCGCCCUCCGCGUCCCCACAUCACCCCACCCCUCCUGCACCCCGUCCCUCGCCCUCCCCGUCACCACAUCACACCGACCCCUACUGAAUCCCGGUCACUGGCCCUCCACGUCCCCACAUCACCCCGACCCCUCCUGCACCCCGGUCCCUCGCCCUCCGCGUCCCCACAUCAUACCGACCCCUCCUGCACCCCGGUCCCUAGUCCUCCCCGUCACCACAUCACCCCGACCCCUCCUGCAUCCCGGUCCCUCGCCCUCCGCGUCCCCACAUCACCCCGACUCUCCCCCAGCAUCCUAGGAAGGACGCGCAGCCCGACCGCUUGGGAAGAUGGCGGCACUCACCUGUCAGAGAGCCGCUGCACUCGCCGCCGUCAGGGACCAGCCCUGGUCGUAUACAACCCGUUCGUCUCCUCGAAGUAG